CCUUCAUUCAGCUUUCGGAAUUCGCAAAGUUCAGACCGCGCUUGGUCAAGUAUUUAAAUUAAAUUUAAAAAAAAUAAAGCAAGCGAUGUGUGGCAUAUUUUCCAUAUUUUCGAGGGACGGCAAACCGAUUCCCCCGCAAUUCCUGCGUGGCAGCAAACACAGUUUGAGGGAGCUGGCCUACCGGCAAAGUGGAAAACAGCGGCAUCGUGGUCCGGAUUCCACGGGCGUCUAUGUAAUCCCCUCUGAAGGAGUGGCCAUGGUGCACGAACGGCUGCGAAUUGUGGGCGUUGAAAUGGGCGACCAACCCUUCGUCUCUGAAGAUGGCAACCUUAUCCUGGUGGCCAACGGAGAGAUCUACAACUAUUUGGAACUUUCGGCUGAGAUAGCAAAAAAACGUGGCUUCUACAAACCGAAAAGUGAUUGCCAUGUGAUACUGGAGCUGUACAAGGAUUACGGCAAGGAUCUACUGCAAUAUAUUACCGGAAUGUUUGCUUUUGCCCUGUACGAUCGAAGGACCAAAGAAGUCCUACUGGCACGAGAUCCCUUUGGUAUCAUACCCAUGUACGUGGGCGAGGAUGCGGCGGGAAACCUUUGGGUUGCCUCUGAGAUGAAGUGCCUGGUGGACACCUGCACCAAGGUGGAGACUUUUACGCCUGGCGAGGCUCGUUUUGGCAGGGUUGGCGAGCUGAAAACCUGCUGGCAGUUCGAGCAACCGUGGAUCUCGGAGGUGCCCAGCCAAUCUUGCGACUUAGCCCUACUUCGAGCCAACUUGGAGUCCGCUGUGCGCAGUCAUCUGCAAUGUGAUGUGCACCUAGGAGCCCUACUGUCUGGCGGAGUGGAUUCUAGUCUUAUAGCCUCCAUAGCCACAAAGAUAAUGCGGGAAAAGGAUCCCAGCUUUCGUCUGAAAACCUUCUCUGUGGGCCUUAAAGAUGCACCCGACUUCCAGGCUGCCCGGCAUGUGGCCAAGUAUAUAGACAGCGAUCACAAGGAGAUCAUCUUUGAAAUCGACGAGGCUCUGGAUGGCAUAAGGGAUAUCGUUUUCCACCUGGAAACCUACGAUGUUACCACUGUGAGAUGUAGUUUGCCCAUGUUGCUACUGGCUAGGUAUAUCAAGAGCACCGGUAUUAAGAUGAUUCUUUCGGGCGAAGGAGCAGAUGAGAUCUUUGGUGGGUAUCUGUACUUCCACAAGGCUCCAAACUACGUGGAUUUCCACGAGGAGCUGGUGAAGAGAGUGCGGCAGCUGCAUUUAUCUGAUUGUUUAAGAGCCAACAAGGUGGCCAUGGCCAAGGGAGUGGAGUUGCGAGUGCCCUUCCUGGACACGGGUUUCGUUAACCAUGUUAUGCAAAUCAGGCCGGAGGAUAAGAUACCGGGACCGCUUAACAAAUUUGGAGGAGAGCAGCAAAAGCGCUUGGAGAAGUACGUCCUGCGCGCUGCUUUUGCGGAUAACUACCUACCAGAUGAAGUCCUCUGGCGGCAAAAGGAGCAGUUCUCCGAUGGAGUGGGCUACGAUUGGAUCGACAGCAUCCGCAGGGUGGCCACUAGUCACGUUAGCGACGAGGAAUUCGCCGGAGCCGCUCUACGGUUUCCCUUCAACACGCCCACCACCAAAGAGGCCUUCUACUAUCGCUGCAUUUUCGCCGAACAAUUUCCCGGAGAAUCUGCCGCCCGAACCGUGGUGAGAUGGGUGCCACGCCUCGAUUGGGGCUGUCCGGAGGAUCCGUCCGGACGGGCUCAGGCCGUCCACCAGGUCAACAAAGACUGAUAAAAACCGUAAUUAAAUUAGUUUAGUCUGAGGAAUUCCAAUUCCAGUAUUUGAUGAGACUUGCACAAUAAAUUUCUUGAAUUGGUAGUCA